AGAAGAACCCGUGAAAAGGAAGAAAGAACGAGAGCAAGUGGUAAGCGAGACAGAACAGAGACAGCACAGCAUAGCAGACACAACGGAAGCGGUCGAGAGGAACCGGAAACAGAGACCCCAGGAACAACAGCUAGGCUAAAGCAAUGGCUAAGAUAUGAGUGCCCAGGGGGGCUCCCUAGGGGCUCCAACAUUGGGUGAUCGUCGAUCUCCUUACAUUGGAGGCUAUCCCGACAUACAGCACCAGCAGCAGCAGCAGCAGCAUCAGCAGCAUCAACAGCAGCAACAUCACUACCAACAGUUGCAGAAUCCACAUCACGCAGACUAUCAUCGAGGAACACUACAUCCGGAAGCUGUCACCGGAUACCUCGACGUGAAGCAACAGCAGCAGCAACAACAACAGCAGCAGCAGCAGCAGCAAGUCCCAAAAGGAUACGCCAAACAGACAGCUUCAGCCCAGCAACAGCAACAGCGAUCGGCAGCUGGAACGACAGGGCGAGCAGCUGCUACCGGUGCGCAUCAACAGCAAGGUUUCAACAGUCAAAGUAUGGUCGCAGCGGCUGGCGGACAGCAGGGUAACAUGGACGUCGGCUACAAUCCACAGAUGAACAACAUGGCGAUGCAUUCGCAAUCGUCGUGGAAUCAGAUGAACGGCAUGAACCAAAUGGGCGGCAUGGGUGGCCAGAUGAAUGGGAUGAAUCAGAUGGGUGGUGGAGCUGGUGGAGGAGGCGCCGGCGGUAUGGGACCAAUGAGUCAAAUGGGGUCCGGAGCCGGUGUCGGAAUGGGUGGCGGCAGUGCGAACGGUGGUAUGCCAGGCAUGAAUCAGAUGGGAGGUGGUGGAGGCGUCGCAGCAGGUGGUGGUGGUAAUGGUGGUGCCGGUGGUGGUGGAUACGGUAGGCACCAUCAGCAGAUGAACCCGAUGGCACAGAUGAUGAACAUGGGCAUGGGUAUGGGUGGAGCGGGUGGUGGUCAGAUGGGACCGGGUGGUGCCGGUGGUAUGAACGGCAUGGCGGCAGCACAGAUGGGUGGCAUGAAUCCGCUGAGUCAAAUGAAUCAGAUGUCGCCGAUGUCGAAGAUGCAGGGUAUGGCAAAUGGAUACCCGCAACAUCCACGGCGGAUGGCACCGUACCCGAAUCCCCAGAUGCAGAUGGCCCAGAAACGGUCGAUGUACGGUAUGGGACAGGGACAGGGUAUGCCAGGAGCGGGAGGACCAUUCCCACCACAUCAGGCAGCGGCGGCAGCAGCCGCAGCAGCUGCCGCUGGAGUUCCUCUCCCAAUGCAGGCUAAUGCCGGUUACGGUAGGCAUCAUGGGCCGAUGGGUCCGAUGAACUACCGUGGAGGACCUCCGAUGAUGCAGCAGCGACAAAAUACACCACCGUACGGUGGACCGGGAGUUGGUGUUGGUGGCCCGGUGGGAGCUCCCGGUGGACCUGGCCCACUAAUGGGACAUCAGCAGCAUCAGCAGCAACAGCAACAUCACCCACAGCACCAACAGCACCAGCAGCAGCAAGCACAGCAAGCGCAGGCACAACAACAGCAGCAGCAGUAUUACAACACGGGCUACCAGAACAUGCAGGGCUACCAGCCGGACAUACGCAUGAACUUCCAGCACAGUCCGGUACCGGGUAACCCUACACCACCUCUAACGCCCGCAUCUUCCAUGACGCCCUACAUCAGCCCCAAUCCGGACGUGAAGCCAAACAACCUGCCGCAGAAAGAUGAAGAACUGCGGUUGACAUUCCCGGUACGAGAUGGCAUUCUGUUGCCACCGUUCCGGCUCGAACACAACCUCGCGGUCAGUAACCACGUGUUCCAGCUAAAGUCGACCGUCUACAACACGCUCAUGUGCCGGCCGGAUCUCGAGCUGCAGCUCAAGUGUUUCCACCACGAGGACCGACAGAUGAACACAAACUGGCCGGCGAGUGUACAGGUGUCGGCCAACUCGACACCGCUCGAGAUCGAUCGAGGCGACAACAAGAACACGCAUCGACCGCUCUAUCUGAAGCAGGUCUGUCAACCGGGCCGCAACACGAUCCAAAUCACCGUCAGCACCUGUUGCUGUUCACAUCUGUUCGUACUACAACUGGUACAUCGACCAUCGGUAAAUCAUGUGCUGCACACACUGCUGAAGCGUAACCUUCUGUCCGCGGAACAGGCGGUGGCCAAAAUCAAGCGCAACUUUGCCGUGAGUCACACAACGAACCCGAAUCAACCGCUGGGCGGUGGCCCGGAUAAGGAUCCUCUCGCGGCAGAAGCGUCAGCAACGUCCGCCAAGGUAUCAUUGAAGUGCACAGUAACCUCCAAGCGGAUAACGUUGCCAGCACGAGGUCACGACUGCAAGCACAUCCAGUGUUUCGAUCUGGAAGCCUACCUGGCACUAAACUGUGAGCGUGGCAACUGGCGGUGUCCAGUGUGCAAUAAACCGGCACUAACGGAAGGGCUCGAGAUUGAUCAGUACAUGUGGGCGAUACUGAACACGCUCAACUCCUCCAACACCCCGAACGGCAUGGACACGGAGGAGGUGAUCAUCGAUGCGCAAGCUAACUGGCGAGCGAUCAAACCACCGGGCAGUCUUAACAAUCCCAACAUUGGCGGAAGUCUAAACCCUCAGCAACCGUCACAACAGCAACAGCAACAGCAGCAACAUCCACAGCAUCAACAACCACCAAUGCAGCAUCAACAGCAACAACCUCCAGUACCAUCCGAACCUAGUGGUGGUAAUGGACGUGGUGCUGGAACUCCUGGACUCCCCAACAUUAAACCCGACCCGGACGGUGGUGAUGCGAAGCAUUUUAACAAGGUGAUGUCACCUGGAUCCACCUCGCUCCCGACCUGGGACAACAUGAACGCAAUGAGCCCUUACAUGAGCCCGGACAUGAGCUCGAUCGCUAGUGGUAGCAUGAUGGGAUCCAACUACAAUCGGACACCGCAGUAUGAUUCCUAUGGAAAUCCCAUCAUUAAGCAGGAACCAGGAACAAAUCCAGGUUCUGCCGGUGGUCCAGGAAGUGUCGGCAAUAAUGGACCGGGCACUCCAGGUGGUAAUGGUGGCGAAUUUCAUGGUGGUAACCCGCUGGCACAUCUGAGCGAUUCGGUUAACUCGCUCGAUCCACUGAAUGCGAUGGAGAAAUCUCUAAACGAUCAGAUGCCGCACACACCGCACACACCACACACACCAGGCGGUGGUAACUCAUCCGGACAUCCGAUGACACCCGGUGGACCGCCGAGCGUACCACCCGCGAACGACAUCAACUCCUCCAACCCGCAGCAACAACAGUCGACCGGCAGCAAUGGCGGCAACACGAACGGUCCGAACGGGCAACCGAACGGCAACAGUAAUAGUGUGAACGGUGGCAACAGUAACAAUCCUGGUGGGAACAUGAACCACAGUCCUGGCCAUGCCGGGCACAACAAUAUGCAGCUCCAUUCACCUCAGCAGCAGCACGCUAAUCUAGGCCUUGGGCCCAAUAAUCCUGCGGCGAACAUCAUGAACUCACCGCAGAGUCUCAUGAACUCACCACAGAACAUGAUGAACUCACCGCAGAGUAUGAUGCAGCAACAGCAGCAGCAGCAGCAAAAUCUCCUCUCGAUGGGCUCAAUGAUGGGUCAGCAACAGCAACAAAGCCACCAGAAUGCACUCGCCGGUCUUACCGAUGUCGAUCUGCCGGCAGAUCUCAACUUCGAUCCGGCCGCCGUCAUUGAGGGCGAAGGUGGCAAUGAUCUUAAUCUACUACCGGACAACGGUAUCGUCGAUCCGAUGGAAUUGCUCUCCUAUCUGGACCCGCCGGAUCUGAACACACCACCAUCGAGCGGUUCCAGCAACAACGCUAACAGUGAUGACAUACUCGCCGCACUGUUCGAUUAAGUUCCCGCUUUACCGUGACAGACAAAGGAUGAAACAC